GACCGUGCCCCUUGCGAAGAUGGAUUACGCCAAGUCCCUGAGCCUGCGCCUGGCUGCCCCUGUCUCCAAAUGUGUCUCGGCAAGUGCCUCCAUGACCCAGCAGCUGCUGUCGAGCCCAGCCCCGCGGCCCCGACCCUACCGCAUCUGCAACUGGGACCGCAGCCUGCGCAAGGGCAUCAUGGCGCAGAGCCUCGCUGAGCUGCUGCGCCAGGCUCAGAGCGCCCUGCUCGCCCCGGGUCCUGUCUCGCUGGUGCUGGAUGAGGACGGCACCGCGGUGGAGACGGAGGCUUUCUUCCGGACGCUGGAGGAAGGCACGGUGCUGAUGGCCCUGAGCAAGGGGCAGGCCUGGGCUGCCUCCAAGACGCCUGGCUACCAGCUGAGCCUGUCCCGCAAGCCCCCUCGGAGGAUCGAUGUUGCCUGUGUCACCUUUGACCUCUACAAGACCAACCCGCGGGACCUGGGCUGCCUCAAUGUCAAAGCCACGCUCUACGGCACCUACAGCAUGUCCUACGACCUGCGCUGCUACGGGGCCAAGCGGCUGGUGAAGGAAGCCCUGCGCUGGAUGCUCUUCAGCAUGCAGGCUACCGGCCAUGUCCUGCUCGGCACCUCCUGCUACAUGCAGCAGCUCCUGGAUGCCACGGAGGAGCCAAAGGAGGCAGAGAACAGCCCAGCGCUGCAGAGCCUCUUGCCCUGCAGCCUCCCACCCGUGCCCUGCAGGAAGACGCUGCAGUGA